AUGAAUCCCGUCAAACAUCGGUUCCGCUACAUCGUCGUCUUCUUGGGUUUGGCCUGUCUGACAUCGAUUCUCUCCAACUACAUCAUCAUCAAUUUCACGUUCAUUUGCAUGAAAGAUGAUCCGACCGGCAUUGAGACGACCGAAAAUGGAGUGAGUCGGAAAGACCACUGAGCUUUCUUUCUCAAGGCUACAUUUUCAGACGACGUACAACCGAUACGACUAUUCUGUCGCCGAAAAGAGCGCGAUUGUGUGGGCGGUGGCGGUUGGUACAAUCCUCGGAACCGGUCCCAUCAACUACUCGUACGUGCGUUUCGGAGCCCGCAUCCCCUUCUUCAUCGCCGGCGUCGUGUCGGCCAUCUCGACAGUGCUCACUCCGAUCGGAGCGUACCUCGGACUUCCGUACCUCCUGGCGCUCCGUUUCGCGCAGGGUCUCGCCUAUUCGGCCGACUUCGCCGCUAUCGGAAUCGUGUGUGUUCGCUGGGCACCGCUCGCGCAGACCGGCCUCUUCAUCUCGAUUCUGACCAGUUUCAGUCCGGCCGCCACCGUCAUGACGAAUGCCGCGUCGGGCUGGGUAAGAACCAAUGAAACACGAGAGAUCGGGGGAGAUUAACACUAGAUCUUUUGCAGUUGUGUAAAUCCGAGUACGGCUGGCAGUCGGCGUUCUACGCUCAUGGCGCCGUCGGAUUCCUCAUCUUUGCCGCGUGGCUCUACUUCUACAACGACGAUCCGCAGUUCAGUCAGAAGGUGUCGGCGAAGGAGCUGACGGCGAUUCAGAAGAACAAGACACAGGCGCACAUCGAGCGCGACUCAUUCGUUCCGUACUUGGAGAUCUGCAAGAACCGCGUCAUCCUGACCGUCUGGGUCAACUCGUUCUUCGAGAUGACCACUCUCAUCCUUCUGCUCACCUACUCGCCUAUCUACUUCCGCAAAGUGCUCGACUUCUCCGUCAUCGAGACGGGCAUGCUCAUUUCGCUUUCGGCCGUCGCCCACAUGCCCGCCAAACUCAUCUCUGGCUGGCUGUCCGACCGGCAGUUCCUGUCGGAGCGCGUCCGAAUGUGGUUCUUCAACACGUCUUCGGUCGGCCUCGCCGGCUUCAUGUGCUGCUCUCUCGCGUUCAUUCCGACCUCGUGGAAGUACACGAGCGUCAUCAUGUUCAGCAUCGUUUACACUCUGAUGGGCACCAACUGCGGCGGCUUCUACAAGUGCGGCACUUUCGCGGCUCGGUCAGUCCUUCCUCGUUCUUUUUCCUCUCCAAUUUUCCCAUUUCCAGGCAGUAUGCUCAUUUCGUGCUGGCCAUGAUCCAGUUCAUGAAGUGCAUCGCUCUUUUCGCCGCUCCCGCUACCGUCGCCAUCUUCGUUUCGGACGAGUCUUCACACGCGCAAUGGGGCCACGUCUACAUGCUCAACGGCUCGCUCAUGUUCAUCGCCAACAUUCUCUUUUUCCCGAUGGCCACCGAUCAGCCGCAGUCGUUCACAUUCAUCACUCGCAAGACGGUCGAAGAGGAGAAGAAGAAGCAGCAGACCGAGUGUUGA